GCGCCGCACUGCACCUUCACGCGGUGAUGACUUGGUGCCUUCCUCCCGCGCCCGCGUUUUGGAGCGCUGUUUGCAGCACUUGUCCCCUGGAAAGAAACAAGGCUCUUCACCAAAGGGCAGUGGCUGCACCACACAAGCCACACUAUUAGCAGCCACAAUCGUCAGGGAUCGCAAACCAAUGCACGGCUGUGAUUGGCGCAUCAGCCGAGCAAUUUUCCACAAGCAGUUAUCGACGACAAGCCGGCGACGAGAACCUCGACGAGCAGCCUGCGAGGACGUCGCAUUCCGGUUGCUGGAAAUCGCAGCAACUGUCCCCUCCAGCACCCUCACCUCCCCAGAGCUCACCGCCAGGAGCUUGGGAUAUCCGACAGCGAUCGAGCAGCCAUGCUGCAGCCUCAAUUCCGACCCCUCCUUGCGGGGACAGCUUCCUUUGCCCAAACCGUGCUGGGCCGCACCGUCGCCAGAUGCUAUGCCACCAAGGCCGCCACACAAUCAGCAAGCAGCACCAGCACCAGCAACACCAGCAAAGAUGCCAAAGCCAAGAUCGUCACUCCCUACGUCCGGGACGCCGGCAUGAUGAGAACCUACAAGCCGCACACGCCCGGUAUCCGUCACUUGAAGCGCCCGAUCAACGACCACCUGUGGAAGGGCCGGCCGUAUCUUCCUCUUACCUUUCCCAAGAAGGGUCAAUCUAAGGGUGGCCGUAAUCACAGUGGUCGCGUCACCGUCAGACAUCGCGGUGGUGGUCACAAGCGAAGAAUCCGCAUGGUCGACUUUGAACGAUGGAUCCCCGGUCCGCACACAGUCCUGCGCAUUGAGUACGAUCCCGGUCGCAGCGCGCACAUUGCGCUGGUGAAGGAAGAGGCCACAGGGAGGAAGAGCUAUAUUGUUGCGGCGGAUGGUAUGAGGGCUGGAGACGUUGUGCAGAGCUACCGGUCCGGUCUUCCCCAGGACCUGCUCGAUUCUAUGGGUGGUGUCGUUGAUCCUGGUAUUCUGGCUGCGAGGACAUGCUGGAGAGGCAACUGCUUGCCUGUGUCCAUGAUUCCGGUUGGAACCCAGAUCUAUUGCGUUGGCUCCCGUCCGGAUGGCAAGGCUGUUUUCUGCCGCAGUGCCGGAACAUAUGCAACCAUUAUUUCCAAAGAGGAGGAGACCCGUGAGGAUGGUACAAAGGUUAUGACGGGCAAGUUCGUCAACGUAAGACUGCAGAGCGGAGAAAUCAGAAGGGUCAGCAAGGACGCUUGCGCCACCGUUGGUAUUGCCAGCAACAUUAUGCAUCACUACAGACAACUGGGCAAGGCCGGUAGAAGCCGUUGGCUCAACAUUAGGCCUACUGUGAGAGGUUUGGCGAUGAACGCAAAUGACCAUCCUCACGGUGGUGGUCGUGGUAAGUCGAAGGGUAAUAGGCACCCUGUUUCUCCUUGGGGUACACCUGCCAAAGGUGGUUACAAGACUCGCAGAAAGUCCAACGUCAACAAGUGGGUGGUUACCCCCCGGGUCCGCAACAUGGGAGUCCGGAGGAACAAGAAGACUACAUGAAUAAAAUAACCCACUGUGCUCAACUUGGGCUAUAUACCCACCAUCUUGUACAAUAUGUAGUGAAACUUAUUCAUUUGCUCGCAGGCCGGCAGUUCGAGGGCUCAGUAUAUCACCGGAAGGAUGCCAUGUGUGGGUAUUGGGCCCAAUAACAUCGUCUGUUGGAGAUCUGCCGUGUUUGUCUUUGUUUUCCACUUUCAACUGAGCAACUCUACGGCGAUGUGGUUCAGGGCCCGGCCAAGGCCGUGACUGUGCCUAUAAAUCGGCAUACGACUUCAGGAAUGUACCAAAGACUACACAUGGGGUUUGUUAGACUCCGUUGUCAUAUACCGACCCCAACUUAACAAAUUUUUUAUUGAUUUAUUUACUUAU